UUACCUAUAGGAAACUAUGAAAACUAUUUUGCAAAUUUCAUUUUCAUUAUGCUUGCAAAAAAUGUUUUCUCUAAUAAAACUUUCUCUAGCAUAAUACUAGAAAAAAAACAUUAAUCUUACACGGUGAAAUCACUAAAUCACAUUAUCGAGAUGUGGUAGGAAUCUGAUGGCUGAUCGUCUUACACAAUUACAAGAUGCUGUAAACGCUCAAGCCGAAAACAUUUGUAACAGUAUUGGUGUCUUACAAGCUUAUGCUCCUCCAAGCAGCUUUCCAGAUUUCGAAAAAUCGCCUAGAAAAUCUGAUCAACCUAAGGAAGAUUACUGUCAAACAUUUGCAACUUUAAUUGCUAAUACAGCUAAAGAAAUUGACAUUUUAAUUGAUUUUCUUCCAAGUGAAGACAUCUCACAAGAUUCUCAAGAAGAUUUUAAAAGAUUAGAUAAAGAAAAUAAAGAUGCUGCACUCAAACUAGAAAAAGUAGUUCUUGCAGGUGAAGCUCUCUUGGAACAAAUUCGUAAAGCUUUGAGGGAUAUAGCUCAAUCACAGCUAGAAAUACAAAAAUUAAGUGGCAUUAAUAAUAGUGUUUGACAUUUAGUACUGUUAACUAAUAUACAAAAUCAAAUAUGGAGGCAUAUGAUGUGAUUAUCAAUCAGCCAGUUGUAAUUGACAAUGGCUCUGGAGUUAUCAAAGCAGGUUUUGCUGGUGACCAAGUUCCAAAGUGCCACUUUCCAAAUUAUAUUGGACGACCCAAGCAUGUUCGGGUUAUGGCAGGAGCCUUAGAAGGAGAUGUGUUUGUAGGUCCCAAAGCUGAGGAACAUAGAGGGUUACUUAGUAUCCGUUACCCUAUGGAACAUGGCAUAGUAACAGACUGGAAUGACAUGGAAAGAAUAUGGCAAUAUAUCUAUUCUAAAGAGCAGCUACAAACUUAUCCUGAAGAGCAUCCUGUUCUACUAACUGAAGCUCCUUUGAAUCCACGUCGCAACCGAGAAAAAGCAGCUGAGAUAUUCUUUGAAACUUUAAAUGUCCCUGCUCUGUUUAUUUCAAUGCAGGCAGUACUUAGUUUGUAUGCUACUGGUCGUACUACUGGCGUUGUUCUUGAUUCCGGUGAUGGAGUAACUCAUGCUGUUCCUAUUUAUGAAGGUUUCGCUAUGCCCAACAGUAUCAUGAGGGUAGAUAUAGCUGGUCGUGAUGUUACGCGCCAUUUGCGUACACUGUUGAGAAAAGAAGGUUGGAAUUUCAGAACCACUGCUGAAUUUGAAAUUGUCAAAACUAUAAAAGAAAGAGCAUGUUAUCUUGCUAGUAAUCCACAGCGAGAAGAAACCAUGGAAACUGAAAAGGCACAGUAUACUCUUCCAGAUGGUAGUAUAUUAGACAUCGGUCAAGCUAGAUUUAGAGCUCCUGAAAUCCUUUUCAGACCGGAUCAUAUAGGAGAAGAAGUUGAAGGUUUACACGAGGUUUUAGUUGAUGCUAUCCAUAAAUCUGAUUUAGAUCUAAGAAAAGUCUUGUACCAAAAUAUUGUGUUAUCUGGUGGUUCCACUUUAUUUAAAGGGUUUGGUGAUCGUUUAUUAAGUGAAGUUAAGAAAAUUGGUCCAAAAGACAUAAAAAUAAGAAUUUCUGCUCCACAAGAAAGAUUGUAUUCCACCUGGAUUGGUGGUUCUAUCUUAGCAUCUUUGGAUACAUUUAAAAAGAUGUGGGUAUCUAAAAAGGAAUAUGAUGAAGAAAAUACCCGUGCUAUACACAGAAAAACGUUUUAAUCGGAGAUUUGAGCUUGUUUUUUAGGGCUGAUCUUUGUACACAUAAAUCAUGAUUUUUACCUUUUUUAAUUUAUUUUGCUAAUAGAUCAGCAUACUCGCAUAAUUUUUAGCAAUUCUUUUACAGAUCCUGUCUAAAGUUAUCUCUUUUACUUUUGGCGCAAUGAGCAACAAGCUACCAUUUGGGGAAUGAAUUAAAAUUGUCAUUAAUUGUAAUUGUUUUAAUUGAAUAAAUUGUUUAAAACUUUGUA